ACUGGUUGCUAGGCAAACGAUCUCCAUCAGAGUCUCUUUACCUUAUACAAUAUCUACUCUCUAUAAAUGUGGUGCCACCGGACUUGGUGAGAUAAGUACGCGGAGAUCUACAUAUUUGGUUUGCUCUUGACCCGAUACGGGCACUAGAUUGGAGUAGUUAAGUUACUCAUGCAAGCUAAUCUGGUUUCACUACAAGUUUAAAUAUGCUUUAUUUGUGACGUGCCUUGUCUUGAGAUGCAUUUUGAUUUGCCCGGUGCAAUAGCUUCUUCUAUCACCGUGGCUCUGUCGUCAAAAUGAGCUCCGAGCGCACAUUUACUUCCUACGCGCGCGACCCCCGCUUGAACAGACCGCCCCCUAUAGGAGCAAACUCGCUAGACACGCCAUCGCGGAAGGCUUUUACAUCUCCCAGUGCUUCAAGGCAAUAUGAACCUCGGGCUGAUGUGUCUGGCGAUCAAUUCGUGCAACGGCUUUCCGAUUUGAUACAAGCCGCCGUAAAGACCGCUAGUCUCACAUCAGAGAAGGAAGCUAUACAGAAGAAGCAAAGCACCACUGAAGGUCUUCUGAAAAGAGCGAAAGCUCAGUCAAGCUUCCCUUCUACUACUGCUUUCUUCCAACAAACAUGGAACGAUGAAGGCGGUCAUAUGGCUCGUAUAGAUGGCGCACUGAAGGAGCACUUGUCGCGCUUUGAUCAGCUGGAGAAAGCAUUGAAAGCGAACUGGACGUCUUCUCUAAUCCCAGGACCCAGUUUAGUGGAGAAGUAUGAUCAACUGAAAGAAGAGAUCGAAACAACUAAGCAAGAUGCUAAGCGUUCGAAAGACGAGGCCUCCAGUCUUCGAGACCAAAACCGCUCUCUGGAGGACACGCUCAGGAGCCUCCAGGCGAGAAUGACUAUGCUGGAGAAAUCGCUCGAAAACCACGGAACGUCCUUGGAUAAGCAGACCAAAGACUACUCGUCUCGUCUUGAGGAAAUUUCGUUGGAAUUCGAGAAGCGCUGGGGAAGCACAUCAACCAAGGUGGAAGAAAGCAUAUUCAAAGUGGAAGAGAGCAUAUUGACCAAAGUGGAAGAGAGCAUAUCAACGAAGUUUCAAGCAGAGGUGGAUGAAUGGCAGAAGCAAAGAACAGCUUUGGGUACAGAACUGAAGUCCCUGCGGACGUGCCAGGAAAGUUUUUCAGCUGCUAUCGACAAAGUUGACCAAACGACCAAGGAGCAGCAACAGAAAAUAUCUGGUAUUGAGCCGCUGGGCCAAAGGUUAGACAUUCUUGAUACCCGUCUUGGCUCUGUUGAAUCUACGAGGACGGCGCCUCCAGCAUCCAUGGCGACAAAUGAACCAAAUGGGGAUAAAGUUUCUGCAUCCUACCUACAAUCUAAAGUUGAGAGCCUCGAAAACAUACUUAAUCAACUGCAAGGUUUGCAGGAGAUGAAGGAUGACUUGCACUUUUCGGAAGUGGAAGAUCUGAAAAAGUCACUAGUGCAAGCAUCUGAAGAACUAGUGGGCGUGAAGAACAACUGCAACAUGCUAUCAGACGAGGUGAAGACCUUGCGUGAAUCAAAUCCAGCCGCUGCCCUACAACGAAUUGCCAAUUUAUCAGGUUCAUUGCAAAAUACACAGCAGGUAGUGGAGACUGUUAGGGUGGGCUUACAUUCUCUGGAAACCAGAUACAACUCUCUCACUACCGAGCCGUUGGCGAGGAACAUGGUCGCUGCGUUGCAGGAGAUGUACCCCUCUGCAAGCCAAUUACUGGAGCAAUAUUCUGGGUUAAAAACGGCAGUUGAUAACCUCUGUCAAAGCCAAAAUACUUUCGUCAGGCAGACCCAGCAGGAAGCAGCUCUACGCCUGGAUGAGCUAAACAAGCUGAAAAACGACCAUGCCAGUCUCUCACAAUCUCUUGCACCUCUUUGGGAGCGGUACGGGCAGCAAAAUAGGCAAGGUCAGCCACCAAGCCAAAAUGACAUUCGCAAACUAGAAGUUGAUCUCCAUACUUUAUCUUCAAAGUUUGAGGAGUUCACAUCCACAUAUGACUCCCAAUUCAGGUCGCGGGAGCAGUCUGAUGACCAUUUCAGGGAACGUUUACGUGACGAGCGUAGCGAGUUCGAUAGCCGUCUGAGUCAAGUGGCUAGCAGUCUGGAGAGGUUGGCCAAUGAUGUUGAAGUAGUGAAUUCUGUCAAUACCAGCAGUCUUGCAAAAGUUGAAAUGCAUGCUAGUGACAUUAAGUCAUUGCAAGAUGACCUUCAUGAACUCAAGGAAGCCACAUCCGACCGACACCAAGCAUUUCUUGAUCAACUCAGCGAAAUCACGAAAGUGCACAGUGCACAUGAUACUAACAUUUCGUCACUUCUUGACCAGAUCAGUGAAGUUGAGCGGUCAGAAAAGCUUCGCCAUAAAGAGCUGCAUGAACAGUUAGAUGAGCUUAAGAAAGCUGUGGAAGCAAAGGAGUUCCAUCCUCGAGCAGUGUCCCCAAUUAUCGUCGAGGAUCAGGUCCCAAACCCUACAGAUGAUAGUCCUGCUGAUACAGAAGAGGCGGCAAGGAUUCUGAAUGUGGCUGAAACUAAUCCUACGCUCGCAUUGCGGGAAAAGAAGAAGAAGAAGAAAAAGAGACCACGUCCUUCGGGUUUGUCGGAGGAUGAAAAAACUCCAAUAAUUGCUCGACAAGAAUCUCCCAGAUCGCUCUCGUCUGGAGCAUCUCCGCUUGAACAAGGGGAGCCCACCGAGAACAGACGACCGAAGAAGAAGAAAAAACGCAAAAUGGUAUCCACUGAACCGAUACUCCUCGACUAAGCGAGCACACAACUUGUGUUUGUCAACUCAUUGGUUAGAAAGUUAGUUAUAUUAUAACCCCGUUGGUGUCAGGUAUGGGUUGUGGAGGGAAACCUACGGAGUUGAAGGCGCAACAAUAGCAUGUCUGCCAUAAGUGUAAUCUCACUGGCCCAUAAAUGUCUAUCGGCACUGAACAUUGUGCGAACAUUUUCAAUACUUAUUUACAAGACGCGAGGCGCGUGACGACACCGGCACUUAAUUACGAUGGUGACGGGAUCAAGUUUCAUGGAUUGCGAAUACCGCUGGAUACCUGUUGCUGAGGUCGAUCUUUGUUUCUUUUUUUCAUCAGUUGGAUGGAUUAUUUAAUUUCUUGACGAUUUUUCAUUCUUCGGCUCUAGAUGGGUACGGAGGCCG